UUUUGUUUACUUAUAUUCCAUUUUGAUUAAUAUUUAAUUAAAGUCAAAUGUAAAGACAGUACAUAUCUUUAGGAUUCUUAUUUACUGUAAGAAUGCAGAAUUCCAGAAUUCUAUUAUUACGUUCAGUCAUGAUGGGGCUAUUUAUGAAAAAAACAUACUCUAAAAAUUUGUUAUUGUUUAAAAAUAACAAGAAAAUGCAUUUCCCACCUAUAGGAAUAGCUGCCUUAGGCUUUUUAUGGUCUGUAGCUGAAAAAGAGACUGAAAAGAAUAAAAAGGAAGAAGAUGUCAAUAUGGUUAUAGAAAAAUCUGAUAAGGAGUUUGAAAAUGGUCAUUAUGAAGCUUGUUACCAAACCUUAAUGUUAAGUAAGUUACAUGAUAAUGUUGAAGUGAGAUGGCGUAUUUGUCGAGCACUGUACAAUUUAUCAAGAGAUUUAAAAUUCGAUCAAAACCAAAGACAAAACCUUAUUAAGCAAGCAUAUGAAAUAAUAGAAAAGGAAGUUAAUAUAUCUCCAAACCAUUAUGCUGUCCACAAAUGGUUUGCCCUCGUUUUGGAAGCCAAAGCUAGUUAUGAAGGGUACAAAGAGAAAAUUAAAAACCUUGAAAAUAUAAAACAACAUAUGGAUCUGGCAGUUAUAUUAAAUCCAAAUGACGCUACAACCUUUCACAUGCUUGGAGAAUGGUGUUUUCAAAUAACUGAAAUGCCAUGGCAUUAUAGAAGAACAGCUGAACUUCUUUUCGCGUCUCUACCUAAAUCGAAUUAUGAAGAUGCACUUGAAUAUUUUUUGAAAGCGGAAUCAGUACAACCUAGAUUUUACAGUAUGAAUUUAUUAAGAAUCGGUAUUUGCUAUUUAAAACUAAACAAACCGGACCAGGCUAAAUAUUAUUUACAACUGGCUGCUAGUUACCCUGCCAAGUCAAAUGAAGACCAUCAAGCUAACAAAGAAGCUACAGAAUUGUUGAAGAAGUUUAAAUGAAUUUAGCCUCCGAGUAUAGUUUAAAGGUUUUGGGCUCUUAAAAAAUAAUUCUUAAGUAAGAUUAAGGUGGAAGUAUACAAUACUCUAAUUAAAGUCUGAUGAUACACCUGACAGUUAACUUAGAGAAUAUACAUUUUUUUACUCUACAUAUUUUUGGCGAUUUUUAAUAAUUAAGAUUUAUAAUGUCACUGCAAUGUAGUAGAGAUCAAACAAUGUUUGUUUUUCUUCUCCUUCUUCUAUAAAUAUAUUUUAAUAAAUCAAUUUAUACUAAUACUACUAAUAAU